CCGGGCCCGUCCGCUCGCCGCCCCUGCCCGCCGCCGCCCGCCGGUGCCGCACCGGCCGCAUGGCGCUCGGGGGCUUCUGCAGAGCCGAUGGCUCCGACCCCUUCUGGGACUGGAAUGUCACAUGGUACACCAGCAAUCCCGAUUUCACCAAGUGCUUUCAGAACACUGUCCUCGUGUGGGUGCCUUGUUUUUAUCUCUGGGCCUGUUUCCCCUUCUACUUCCUCUAUCUCUCGCGACAUGACCGGGGCUACAUUCAGAUGACACAUCUCAACAAAGCCAAAACUGCCUUGGGAUUUUUGCUGUGGAUCAUCUGCUGGGCAGAACUCUUCUACUCUUUCUGGGAAAGAAGUCAGGGUGUGUUCCUGGCCCCAAUAUUUCUGGUCAGCCCAACCCUCUUGGGCAUCACCAUGCUGCUUGCUACCUUUUUAAUUCAGCUUGAGAGAAGGAAAGGAGUUCAGUCCUCAGGGAUCAUGCUCACUUUCUGGCUUGUAGCCCUCCUGUGUGCCCUUGCCAUCCUGAGAUCCAGAAUCAUGACUGCCUUAAAAGAGGACACCCACGUCGACCUGUUCCGUGAUGUCACGUUCUACAUUUACUUUUCCCUCGUGCUGCUCCAGCUGGUGUUGUCUUGUUUCUCAGACCGCUCGCCCCUCUUCUCUGAAACCAUCAAUGACCCCAAUCCUUGCCCAGAAACCAGCGCCUCCUUCCUUUCCAAGAUCACCUUCUGGUGGAUCACGGGGUUGAUGGUCCGGGGCUACCGCCAGCCCCUGGAGGCUGGUGACCUCUGGUCCCUAAACAAGGAUGACACGUCAGAACAGGUAGUGCCUGUUUUGGUAAAGAACUGGAAGAAAGAAUGUGCCAAGUCUAAGAAGCAGCCGAUGAAGAUCGUGUACUCCUCCAAGGAUCCUGCCAAGCAGAAGGGGAGUUCCAAGGAGGAUGUGAACGAGGAGGCAGAAGCUUUGAUUGUCAAGUUCCCCCAGAAGGAGCGGGACCCCUCCCUCUUUAAGGUGUUAUACAAGACCUUUGGGCCCUACUUCCUCAUGAGUUUCGUAUUUAAGGCCAUCCACGACCUGAUGAUGUUUGCUGGCCCCGAGAUCUUAAAAUUGCUCAUCCACUUCGUGAAUGACCAGCAGGCCCCCGACUGGCAGGGCUACUUGUACACGGCGCUGCUGUUCGUCAGCUCCUGUCUGCAGACCCUGGUGCUGCACCAGUACUUCCACAUCUGCUUUGUCAGCGGCAUGAGAAUCAAGACCGCCGUCAUCGGGGCUGUCUAUCGGAAGGCCUUGGUGAUCACCAAUUCAGCUCGAAAAUCCUCCACUGUCGGGGAGAUCGUCAACCUCAUGUCUGUGGAUGCUCAGAGGUUCAUGGACUUGGCCACGUACAUUAAUAUGAUCUGGUCAGCCCCUCUGCAAGUCAUCCUUGCUCUCUACCUCCUGUGGCUGAACCUGGGCCCCUCUGUGCUGGCUGGGUUGGCUGUGAUGAUCCUUAUGGUGCCCAUCAAUGCUGUGAUGGCGAUGAAGACGAAGACCUACCAGGUGGCCCACAUGAAGAGCAAAGACAAUCGGAUUAAGCUGAUGAAUGAAAUUCUCAAUGGGAUCAAAGUGCUGAAGCUUUAUGCCUGGGAACUGGCAUUCAAGGACAAGGUGCUGGACAUCAGGCAGGAGGAACUGAAGGUGCUGAAGAAGUCUGCCUACCUGGCCGCAGUGGGGACCUUCACCUGGGUCUGCACACCUUUCCUGGUGGCCCUAUGUACAUUUGCCGUCUAUGUGACCGUCGACAAGAAUAACAUCCUGGAUGCCCAGAAGGCCUUCGUGUCCUUGGCAUUGUUCAACAUCCUCCGCUUUCCCCUGAAUAUCCUCCCCAUGGUCAUCAGCAGCAUCGUGCAGGCGAGUGUCUCCCUCAAACGCCUCAGGAUCUUCCUGUCCCACGAGGAGCUGGAGCCCGACAGCAUCGAGCGGCGGCCUGUCAAAGAUGGCGGGGGGACGAGCAGCAUCACUGUGAAGAACGCCACGUUCACAUGGGCCAGGAGCGACCCUCCCACGCUGAAUGGCAUUACCUUCUCUGUUCCGGAAGGUGCCUUGGUGGCCGUAGUGGGCCAGGUGGGGUGUGGAAAGUCGUCCCUGCUUUCAGCCCUCUUGGCUGAGAUGGACAAGGUGGAGGGGCACGUGGCUAUCAAGGGCUCAGUGGCCUACGUGCCCCAGCAAGCCUGGAUUCAGAAUGAUUCUCUCCGAGAAAACAUCCUUUUUGGACGCCAGCUGCAGGAACAGUAUUACAAGGCCGUGAUAGAGGCUUGUGCCCUCCUCCCAGACCUGGAAAUCCUUCCUAACGGGGACCGGACAGAGAUUGGUGAGAAGGGCGUCAACCUGUCUGGUGGCCAGAAGCAGCGUGUGAGCCUGGCCCGGGCUGUGUACUGCAACUCUGACAUCUACCUCUUUGACGAUCCCCUAUCGGCGGUAGAUGCUCAUGUGGGAAGACACAUCUUUGAAAAUGUGAUUGGCCCCAAGGGGAUGCUGAAGAACAAGACGCGGAUCCUGGUCACGCACAGCAUCAGCUACCUGCCACAGGUGGAUGUCAUCGUCGUCAUGAGUGGUGGCAAGAUCUCCGAGAUGGGCUCCUACCAGGAGCUGCUGGCCCGGGAUGGGGCCUUUGCCGAGUUCCUGCGCACCUAUGCCAGUGCUGAGCAGGAGCAGGACUCAGAGGACGACAGCAGCAGAGUGCUGGACGAGGAGGAAGGAGGGUUAACGGGCAUCAGCGGCUCAGGGAAGGAGGCAAAGCAGAUGGAGAAUGGUAUGCUGGUGAUGGACGCCGCGGGGAAGCAGCCGCAGAGACAGCUCAGCAGCUCCUCCUCGUACGGCGAGGACGUUAGCAGGCAGCACAAUAGCACCGCGGAGCUGCAGAAAGCUGGGGCCAAGGAGGAGACCUGGAAGCUGAUGGAAGCGGACAAGGCUCAGACAGGGCAGGUCAAGCUCUCCGUGUACUGGAACUACAUGAAGGCGAUUGGACUUUUCAUCUCCUUUCUGAGCAUCUUCCUUUUCUUGUGUAACAACGUGGCCUCCCUGGCUUCUAACUAUUGGCUCAGUCUCUGGACUGAUGACCCCAUUGUCAAUGGGACCCAGGAGCACACUAAAGUCCGGCUGAGCGUCUAUGGGGCCCUGGGCAUUUCUCAAGGUGUCACCGUGUUUGGCUACUCUAUGGCCGUGUCCAUCGGGGGAAUCUUCGCUUCCCGCCGUCUGCACCUGGACCUGCUGCACAGUGUCUUGCGGUCACCCAUGAGCUUCUUUGAGCGGACCCCCAGCGGGAACCUGGUGAACCGCUUCUCCAAGGAGCUGGACACGGUGGACUCAAUGAUCCCGCAGGUCAUCAAGAUGUUCAUGGGUUCCCUGUUCAACGUCAUCGGUGCCUGCAUCAUCAUCCUGCUGGCCACGCCCAUUGCCGCGGUCAUCAUCCCACCCCUGGGCCUCAUCUACUUCUUCGUCCAGAGGUUCUACGUGGCCUCCUCCCGGCAGCUGAAGCGCCUCGAGUCGGUCAGCCGCUCCCCGGUUUACUCCCACUUCAACGAGACCUUACUGGGGGUCAGCGUCAUCCGUGCCUUUGAAGAGCAGGAGCGUUUCAUCCACGAGAGUGACCUGAAGGUGGAUGAGAACCAGAAGGCCUAUUACCCCAGCAUCGUGGCCAAUAGGUGGCUGGCCGUGCGGCUGGAGUACGUUGGCAACUGCAUCGUCUUGUUUGCUGCUCUGUUUGCGGUGAUCUCCCGGCACAACCUUAGCGCUGGCUUGGUGGGCCUCUCGGUGUCUUACUCCUUGCAGGUCACCACAUACUUGAACUGGCUGGUUCGGAUGUCGUCGGAGUUGGAGACCAACGUUGUGGCCGUGGAAAGACUCAAGGAGUAUUCGGAAACAGAGAAGGAGGCUCCCUGGCAAAUCCAGGAGACAGCUCCGCCUAGCAACUGGCCCCAGGUGGGCCGAGUGGAAUUCCGGGACUACAGCCUGCGUUACCGAGAUGACCUGGACUUGGUUCUCAAGCACAUCAACAUCACCAUCCAUGGGGGAGAAAAGGUUGGCAUUGUGGGGAGGACAGGAGCCGGGAAGUCAUCCCUGACCCUGGGCUUGUUUCGGAUCAAUGAGUCUGCUGAAGGAGAGAUCAUUAUCGACGACGUCAACAUUGCCAAGAUUGGCCUGCACAACCUCCGCUUCAAGAUCACCAUCAUCCCCCAGGACCCCGUUUUGUUUUCGGGUUCCCUCCGCAUGAACCUGGACCCGUUCAGCCAGUACUCGGAUGAAGAGAUCUGGAUGUCCCUGGAGCUGGCUCACCUGAAGGACUUCGUGUCAGGCCUUCCUGAUAAGCUGAACCAUGAGUGCGCAGAAGGCGGAGAGAACCUGAGUGUUGGGCAGCGCCAGCUCGUGUGCCUGGCACGGGCCCUGCUGAGGAAGACCAAGAUCCUCGUGUUGGAUGAGGCCACAGCGGCCGUGGACCUGGAAACAGACGACCUCAUUCAGUCUACCAUCCGGACGCAGUUCGAUGACUGUACUGUCCUCACCAUUGCGCACCGGCUCAACACCAUCAUGGACUACACAAGGGUGAUCGUCCUGGAUAAAGGAGAAAUCCGGGAGUGCGGUGCUCCCUCUGACCUCCUACAGCAAAGAGGUCUCUUCUACGGCAUGGCCAAAGAUGCAGGCUUAGUGUGAGUCUGGAGCUGGCACAGCUGGUCAGAAUUGCAGGCCAACAUGCCAGCAUCCUUGAGAACCAAGCCUCCCGUACUGAAAACCAAAAAACCCCUCCAAAACAAAGACAAACCCCCCAAAACCAAAACACAUAGUGGCAGCCACCCACCUAGUCCCCUGCCUGGAAUUGGCUGUGAAGAAACAGGAGACAGACAGAUGCACCCCACCCAAAACAUGCACACCCUUGCCUCUGAUCCCCGCAAGACACACAUUCUUGCACCCCUUGGAACACAGACUUGUGCCCCCGGUGCUUCCCACAGAGGAAUUUUUGGCAGUCAGACUUCCGGAGGAAUUGGUUUCGUCAAAUAUGCUAGUGACCAAAUCCAGCCAACUGUGUCAGAUCUCUCCAAAGUCUGCAGAUGCUGAGUCUUUGAAAAGCUCCCGUUUUCCAUAGGCCAUUCCUGUCAUCUCUUACAUCCUUGUCUGGUUCCACCCGGAAUGCUUCCUGUCCGCAAGGCUGCAGUCUUGAGGUUGAGGGGCCUGGAGAAAAUCAUUGUCACCACCUGUGGGCAGUGUUCCAGGGGCCUGGGUAAUCCUCCUACCGACAUCUGGUCUUCCAGGUGCUCAGAUGCUGGGAACCAGCACCCCAGCGCUGCCUCCACUGGGACUUGCUUCAGAGGCCAGAGGCAGCCCUGUGCACCCACAUCCCUUGUCCUCAUCAAAGGGACUUGACGGACAGGUGAUCUGGACCUGGGACUCCAGGGCCUGGGGCCAUCUCUCAAUGCCGACUUUGCUCACCUCCCACCCACUCCACUCCACUCCACUCCACUCUUUCCCUUGUCUUUUCUUUCCUGGCUCUUUUUGCCCAUUGCCAGGGCAGGUUUCUCCUCUUGUUACCUGAAAGCAGUGCACAUCUGCUGAUGGUCAUGAAGCAUUCAGAGUAGGGAGCAUGAGGUACCUCCUGAGUAUCACCAAUUGGUACCAAAAAGAGUUCUCUUGAGUCUUCUCUUUGUGUUUGGGUUUAAAUUUCUCACCCUUGACAUCUGGUUAGCUGCCAAGGGGUGGCUUGGUAGAGAACUUGACAUAGAUACCGAUUCUCUUCCAGGACAGGAAAAGAACCCAUGUCAGUGAUUUUUUUUUUUUUUUUUUUUUUUUUUUUAAAUACUGCUCCGGGGAGAAAAACAGUUGUGGGACUUUGAUUUCUUAGGAGGGCCAAGGUGCAGCAUUCCCAGGGAAUAGCCAAAAGCUGGCCUUGCAUUUGACAGUUGGCUCUGUGUGUUCCUGGAAGAAAACGGUGAAGCAGCGAACUUCCAAGCCUGGCCUUGAGAUGUCUCAGCUGGAGACCGAAGUGAGACCCAGAAAGCAGCGGGAGCUCACUGCUGCCUGAGGGUCAGACUUGCUGACUCCAAACCCAGAGAAGCAUCUUUCUUCUUUUAGGUGGAAAUAUAUAUUUAUUUUUUUGUAAGUUAUAUCAUUCUUUCGCGUUGGAUAAACCAAGUUUUUCUGGGAGAUCUUUUUGUAAUGCCUUACACUGGAAACGUGAACAUUUGCAAAUAAUUUCAGUAAAAAAAUAUAUAUUUUAUUUCUUUCUAAA